UCGAGGCUCGCGGGGUUUAUGGUCACUAACUUCACUGAGCCAGGGAGCACAGAAGUUGCUGCCACUGUGCAACUUGGGUUUUCUUUAUCCUGCAGUCUUUACCUCAGCAGAACCGCACACCACAGACUCCCUCCAGCUCUUUGUGUGUGGCUCUCUCAGGGUCCAACAAGAGCAAGCUGUGGGUCUGUGAGUGUUUAUGUGUGCUUUUAUUCACUUCACACUUAUUGAAAAGUGUGUAUGUGAGAGGGCGGGGUGUGUGUGUCAAAGAGAGUGAGGAAGAGAAGGAGAGAGAGAUCAAUUGAUUCUGCAGCCUCAGCUCCAGCAUCCCUCAGUUGGGAGCUUCUGAAGCCGGGUGAUCACUUGGGGUGCAUAGCUUGGAGAUGCAGUCCCCCUGGAAAAUCCUUACGGUGGCGCCUCUAUUCUUGCUCCUGUCUCUUCAGUCCUCGGCCUCUCCAGCCAACGAUGACCAGUCCAGGCCCAGCCACUCGAAUGGGCACACCUGUGUAGGGUGUGUGCUGGUGGUGUCUGUAAUAGAACAGCUUGCUCAAGUUCACAACUCGACGGUCCAGGCCUCGAUGGAGAGACUGUGCAGCUACCUGCCUGAAAAACUGUUCUUGAAAACCACCUGCUAUUUAGUCAUUGACAAGUUUGGAUCAGACAUCAUAAAACUGCUUAGCGCAGAUAUGAAUGCUGAUGUGGUAUGUCACACUCUGGAGUUUUGUAAACAGAACACUGGCCAACCAUUGUGUCAUCUCUACCCUCUUCCCAAGGAGACAUGGAAAUUUACACUACAGAAGGCAAGACAAAUUGUCAAGAAGUCCCCGAUUCUGAAAUAUUCUAGAAGUGGUUCUGACAUUUGUUCACUCCCGGUUUUGGCCAAGAUCUGCCAGAAAAUUAAAUUAGCUAUAGAACAGUCUGUGCCAUUCAAAGAUGUGGAUUCAGACAAAUACAGCGUUUUCCCGACACUGCGGGGCUAUCACUGGCGGGGGAGAGACUGUAAUGACAGCGACGAGUCAGCGUACCCAGGUAGAAGGCCGAACAACUGGGAUGUCCAUCAGGAUUCAAACUGUAAUGGCAUUUGGGGUGUUGAUCCAAAAGAUGGAGUUCCAUAUGAGAAGAAAUUCUGUGAAGGUUCACAGCCCAGGGGAAUCAUUUUGCUGGGAGACUCAGCUGGGGCUCAUUUUCACAUCUCUCCUGAAUGGAUCACAGCGUCGCAGAUGUCUAUGAACUCUUUCAUCAAUCUACCAACAGCUCUUACCAACGAGCUCGACUGGCCUCAACUCUCUGGUGCUACAGGAUUUCUGGACUCCACUGUUGGAAUUAAAGAAAAAUCUAUUUACCUUCGCUUAUGGAAAAGAAACCACUGUAAUCACAGGGACUACCAGAAUAUUUCAAGAAAUGGUGCAUCUUCCCGAAACCUGAAGAAAUUUAUAGAAAGCUUGUCUAGAAACAAGAUGUUGGACUAUCCCGCCAUCGUUAUAUAUGCCAUGAUUGGAAAUGAUGUCUGCAGUGGGAAGAGUGACCCAGUCCCAGCCAUGACCACUCCUGAGAAACUCUACUCCAACGUCAUGCAGACUCUGAAGCAUCUAAAUUCCCACCUGCCCAAUGGCAGCCAUGUUAUUUUGUAUGGCUUACCAGAUGGAACCUUUCUCUGGGAUAAUUUGCACAACAGAUAUCAUCCUCUCGGCCAGCUAAAUAAAGACGUGACCUACGCGCAGUUGUACUCCUUCCUGAACUGCCUCCAGGUCAGCCCCUGCCACGGCUGGAUGUCUUCCAACAAGACGUUGCGGACUCUCACUUCAGAGAGAGCAGAGCAACUCUCCAACACACUGAAAAAAAUUGCAGCCAGUGAGAAAUUUACAAACUUCAAUCUUUUCUACAUGGAUUUUGCCUUCCAUGAAAUCAUACAGGAGUGGCAGAAGAGAGGCGGACAGCCCUGGCAGCUCAUCGAGCCCGUGGAUGGAUUCCACCCCAACGAGAGAAAGAGCAUCCUCCUCAAAGGCAUAUUAAUGACAAGCCAGACACUGGACAACCAAGAAUGGACCCAGCUAACAUCAUGGAUAAAGGGAAACCUGACAUGCGACAGCAGAACCAGAGAGUGGCUUUGCUGUUGUUGGCGGAUCAUUUCUGGAAAAAGGUGCAGCUCCAGUGGCCCCAAAUCCUGGGAAAGGAGAAUCCGUUCAACCCCCAGAUUAAACAGGUGUUUGGAGACCAAGGCGGGCACUGAGCCUCUCAGGAGCACGCAUCCCUGGGGAGCACAGGGAGGCAGAGGCUUGGGUAAACUCAUUCCACAAACCCUAUGGGGGCUGCCACGUCACAGGCCCAAAGGACUCUUCUUCAGCAGCAUCUUUGCAAAAUGUCUUUCUCUCAAUGAAGAGCAUAUCUGGACGACUGUGCAAUGCUGUGUGCUCCCGGGAUCAGUAACCCUUCCGCUGUUCCUGAAAUAACCUUUAAUAAAGUGCUUUG